AUGGCCAGUGGAAUGAACGAACAGGCGAGUGAGACGACUGAGUUGUUCAAACGGCGUAUGUUAGAUACUGUUUGUUCAGGUUUUUUGACAGUUGGUAUAUCGGUUGGGUCGGCAUCUGGGCUCUUUGAUACAAUGGCGAAACUAGGUAGACCAUGCCACGUCAAGGACAUUGCUGAGGCUGCGGGUAUGAAGGAAAGGUAUAUCAGGGAGUGGCUUGGUGCCAUGGUAACUGGAAGAAUAGUGGAAUUUGAUACUUCCGAAGAGACGUAUUUUCUUCCCCCACAUAGAAUAGAAGUGUUGUGCCGUGGAAAUGGAUCUGCAGCAGUCGUAUCAGAGGCAGUUCCUGCUAUAUGUGAAGUCUACUCAGAUAUUUUAAAAUGCAUGGAAAUAGAUGGUCCGAAAAGACUACCAUAUCCAAGAUAUAAUCUGUUUUCAAAAUGGCUGGAGUUAAAUGAUGAAACAAGAGUUGAUUCUACACCAAGUCAAUAUCUAUCUGAGAUAAACGAAGUUAAACUGUUGCUUGGGUUAUCGACACUGGUUUGUGAAAUUGGUUGUAGCUCUGGCACCGGAUUGUGUCGUUUAGCUACAGACUAUGUCAACCCGCGAUAUUAUGGUAUCGAUAUUUCCCAAUCCGCUAUUAAAACUGCAAAAUCACGGGCAGAGACAGCUAAUCUAAGCAACGUCACCUUUUGUUGUGCCGAUGCCACAAGUUUACCGGAUGACUGGGAAGCUAAAUUCGAUGUGGUGUAUUGUAUGGACGUGGUCCAUGAUGUACCUCGACCUGACUUUUAA